AUGACUUCUGAUUCCACCAAACCGGGUGAAAUUAAAGCCAAUGUGCCAACACCUCAAUUUAAAAAUACGGAAAUAAAGGCUUCAGCUCAACAUCCUGAUCCAAAUGCAUCUGUAGGGGAAAAAGCAUCCUCGGCAAUGGCCACAUUGAGUUCUCAUGCGGAUCCUUAUCCUCAUUAUUUCAUGUCUGCCUUCUCUGGAAUGGGAGCCGUGUACGCUCAUCGGAAUAUGAAUCAACCAAAAACGGCUGCAGUAGCUGGUGUGAUCGCGUUAGCAUAUGCCGCUUCUGGAUAUCUUAUUAAUAAAGGAAAUCAUACUAUGGGUUACAACAUCGCCACAUUGACGUCACUUGGUCUUCUCGCCACAUCCGGGCCUUCAGCUUUUGCGACUAAAGACGCAUUUCAUGUCGCAAUGACAAGUUUAGGGGCCGUCAGUACGGCAGGAAAUUCAUUGAAAUGGUAUCAAUUGAAAUCUGGUAAACCUAGAGACUUGGAAAUUAAUAAGUGA